AUGAGCAAUCCAUCUCAGCUUUUCCUUCUGGCGGAUCACAUAAAGCUCUCUCUGCUGGAGCGACAAAGGGCGAUAUCCCUUGAACUUGAACCCAACGCACAGGAUGGAGAGAUAUCCCGCUCUCUAGAGUCAUUGCGAGAGGGCCUGGAAUCAGCCGAAAGGGAGGUCCAGAGGCUGGUCGCAGCUGGAGAUUCGUCGUCAAAUGAUUUCAAAGAACAAACCAGCUCUUUAAGAGCCCAGUACGAGGAUCUCUCACGACAGUUCCACGGGGGCGACGAGAACAACCCAUCUGCACUAGCCCCAUCAUCCGUCCAGCCAAACAAUGCCGAAUUGGCUGAAGACUUUAUUCGUGCUAGCAGCACUCCGUCGAUCCUCAAACACCCCACACCGCAGCACCCGGUCUCUAAAUCUGUUCGUUUCACGGACACAUUAACCGCAAGUGCGGAAGAACAUGAUCCUAACCGCGAAGCCCUACUCAGGCCAUACUCUGACUCGCCACAACCUGGUUUUGACCCUUCUGAGGCUACGAACCAGGAUAUCCAUAAUUAUCACGCUCAGGUUAUGCAGGAGCAAGAUGACCACUUGGACCGGCUGGGCGAGUCGAUUGGGCGUCAGCACCAGCUUAGUAUCCAGAUUGGGGAUGAGCUGGAGGGCCAAGUUGCACUUCUAGAUGACAUGGAUGGCCAUGUUGAUAGACAUCAGGGGCGACUGGAUGGCGCACGAAGGAGCCUUGGCAGGUUCAGAGAAAAGUCCAAGGGAAACAAGAGCCUGAUGACCAUCAUCGGCUUGAUCAUUGUGCUGGUGAUCUUGAUCGUGAUUCUUAAGUGA